AUGCUGUCAGGGCGUAUGUGGUGACGUAGGACUUCAUAGGCUGCAGGAAGGCCUAGAUGCCGCCGCACAUAUUCAUGGGCAAGCCAGAAGCUUUCCAAUUUCGUUACCUGGUCAACGGCCUAAGACAUUAUGGGUGAUACGUGGACUGCAACGAAACAAAACAACGCCUCAGUUUUACAGGAUAAUAUAAAUCAGGCUCCCACACCAAUCAAAUUCCCGCUGUAAGAAGAACAGUCCGGUGUGUUUCCUUUUCUGAAUGCGCUUCCGAGUAGAAGACCCGACGGCAGUACUCGACGUAGCGUCUACCGUAAAAGGACGACCAAUUUUUGGAGAUUCCAACAGCUAAAUUUGAAACGUAGUUUAGUCUGCUGUCUGACAGAAAGCGUGAGAAGAAUCUGCUCGGCUUAAGGUUGAAGAAAGUGCAUUUCGCCAGAACAACCACCCUGAUCGAUUCAGCACUAUGACCAUGGCCGGAAAAACACUAAAGUCCCCCUGUGCUGACAUCAGGAAAGAGGAAGCUUUCCGCCAGGUUCUGAUUUCAAGCGACGCGCAAGUGAACUUUUAAGAAGUCAGUUUGACAGUGAAACUGUACUUACCUCACGAACCAUGCUGCUCUCCCUGUAUUUCUGAAUGACUCCGCGUAAUGCAAGACCUUGCGGAUACAGAAAGAAGACGCCCGGAUUAACUGGCAUUUUCCAGUCAGCGUCGUUUAUUUGGGCCAUUUCUGUAAAGUUGAUUUCGCGAAAUCCGCCUUUCUUGCUGAUGAGAUAGAGUGGAAGUGUGUCGUAUCUGUUUACUGGGAGGUGCGGGUCUACACAGAAACGAAGACUCAGAUCGUAGGCGCCGUCCCGUGUCAUUUCGUUGGAAAUGCUCCACCGAAGUUUGCAUAUUGUGGAUGGAACCCGAAUCCCCAUUAUUUCAAUAACAUACUUUGUCCAUCCUCUCAUGAAGUAGACAUCAUAAAGUAUCAUCGUUAUCCCCAGCAGUGUUAAAAUGAGGAUCCAUUUACGUUGAGGCCGUGCGCAUUGGGUCAUCAUGGCGCGGCCUCUUCUUGGUUAUAUCCCCAGCUUAGCUCAGAAUGAUUUAUACAGGGGCGUUAUUGCGUCUUAAGUGUUGCAUAAAACGUCGAAGGAUGUUUACCGGCGGUUAAAACCUAGCCAAUCAGCGUUGGAACAGGUGCUGUUUAUGCAGUCGACAAUCGAACGCGUCUAAGUGUAAAACGGAGUCCACAGCAAGCAUCCUCACUGGCUGCCGACUUUUGGCAAUCUGUCAUUGAGUCCUAAUUUAGCGGCUGAUAUGCACGUGAGGCCUCAAGCCAGCUCGCUAGCCCCACUUUACUUCCGAAAUAGACAUCAGGCUGAGGGUUGAAUUCAGAACUCCAAAUCGGGAGCAGGGCAUGGGGUGUUUCCGAAUCCACGACAUUUUCUGAUGCCUAGCGUCGCCGCAGUUUAAAAGGGGAUGUGCAACCUUGUCUGUUCGCACUCUUAAGGCCUCGCGGGGUUUUCUCCAUUCAAAGGGAAUUGCGUGGUAAAGUAAUCAAGUAGUAUGAAGAAAUCUCCGAUGACCAUCGGAUUGCUUGCUGGUGUAACCAACUGCAGCAGUGAAUAUGCCCUCACCGUAACAGAGUACUUGGUGAAGUUGAUGAGGAAGGAUGGAUUACCAAGAGAAAAAAAUCUGAUAGUCAAGUUGAGGUGCACUGAUCGAAAAUUGAGAAUCUACAAAUCCAGUUGUCGGUAAGUCCAACAACAUUUUCUAAGACUGGGGAGCGUACGAGCGGCUGAACAGGCAGUGAUCGAAAGAGUUCUCACCGACCGUGUGCCAGCCCUUGUAGCUUUUUAGGCCCGGCGCGAAGUGUGUGUGUCCCCUCCUACUCCUACUCCUCCUCCACUGCCCCAGCGACGCUCGCUCUGGCGGCUGUCACGCACAUCAACACUACACGCAACCCUGAACAAGAAACGACACCAACCCUACAACCUCCGACUCCAGAGGUGGGGUCCAGGACUACACCUCCCCUCACUGCGACCGCAUCUUCACCUCACACAUUGGCCUGGUCGGUCACUUGCGAAUCCAUCGCACAGAGGCUGGCGAACCAGUGCCUGGAGCACCAACCUACACCCAUCGCAUUCGCCUUUACUGCCCACACUGCCCUCGAAUCUUCACGCAUCGCAUGGGCCUAUUCGGCUGCAUGCGCAUCCAGGAGCACCUACGGUGGACAACCGCCGGCUGCACUACGCCACCAGUCCCUCCUUCCCCGAACCACCACCUCACCACACAUCAACACUCUCCCACCGCAGGCAUACAACUACCACGUCGCAUGCGAGUGGGACGUGUGCAUCUCGACUCGCCCCCGUGCGGCCUCUGCAGCACAGGCGGCUUGA